AUGCCGUCGUCAUCGUCAUCAUCGUCGUCAAAGGAUAAAGAUAAAGAAGCUAAACCCAAAAAGGCCACUGUUGUCACGAAAGCCAAAGGAAAAGAUGACGCAGAUGGAAAGACGGGAGAUGAGUCUAAAGGAAAAGAUUCUUCUGUUGGUAAAACAACAUCUUCAAUUGGUAAUAGUGGAACAAUAAAAUCAACUACACGUCCAGUUAAUUCUCAUUCAACCCAACAAUCUGAUACAACUUUAACAUCGUCACAUCCACCUCAAACACUAUUAACUAAAGUUCAACCAAUGGCUGGUGUGCCGAAUAUUCGUAAAGAUAAUCGAAGAAAUUCUUCACGAUUUAAUAUAUCGAAAAAUCGUGAACUUGUGAAAUUGCCUUUAUUAAAAGAAGCAGCAGCUCAUGAACGUGAAUCAUUAUUUGUACAAAAAUUACAACAAUGCUGUACUGUGUUUGAUUUUCAACUUGAUCCACUAUCGGAUCUUAAAUGGAAAGAGAUAAAACGUGCAGCAUUGAAUGAAAUGAUCGAUUAUAUAACAUCAAAUCGUGGUGUUAUUACUGAUCCUAUCUAUCCAGAAGCUGUUAGAAUGUUUUGUGUUAAUCUAUUUCGAACAUUACCACCAAUAAGUAAUCCAACAGGUGCUGAUUACGAUCCGGAAGAAGACGAGCCAAAUCUUGAAGUUGCUUGGCCUCAUUUACAGCUUGUCUAUGAUUUCUUUUUACGUUUUCUUGAAUCGCCAGAUUUCCAACCAAAUACAGGAAAACGAUACAUUGAUCAAAAAUUUGUUCUUAAUCUACUGGAUUUAUUCGAUAGUGAAGAUCCUCGUGAACGCGAUUUUUUAAAAACAAUUCUCCAUCGAAUCUAUGGCAAAUUUCUUGGUUUACGUGCUUAUAUUAGAAAACAAAUCAAUAAUACAUUUUAUAAGUUUAUCUACGAAACUGAACGACAUAAUGGUAUAGCUGAAUUACUUGAAAUCCUUGGAAGUAUUAUCAAUGGAUUUGCAUUACCAUUAAAAGAAGAACAUAAAGUAUUUCUAAUUAAAGUCUUACUACCAUUGCACAAAGUCAAAACACUUAGUGUUUAUCAUCCACAAUUGGCUUACUGUAUUGUGCAAUUUCUUGAAAAAGAUCCGAGCCUAACCCAACCGGUGAUAGCAGGCUUACUAAAAUAUUGGCCAAAAACUCAUAGUCCAAAAGAGGUCAUGUUUCUCAAUGAAUUAGAAGAAAUUCUCGAUGUGAUUGAACCAGCUGAAUUUCAAAAAGUCAUGGUUUCUCUAUUCAAACAACUGGCGAGAUGUGUUUCAAGUCCGCAUUUUCAAGUUGCUGAACGAGCCCUUUAUUAUUGGAAUAAUGAAUAUAUAAUGAGUUUAAUAACUGAAAAUGCUGCUGUCAUUUUACCAAUUAUGUUUCCAGCUCUAUAUAGGAAUACGAAAACUCAUUGGAAUAAAACAAUCCAUGGUUUGAUAUACAAUGCAUUGAAAUUAUUUAUGGAAAUGAAUCAUAAACUAUUUGAUGAAUGUUCUCAAAAAUAUAAAAUUGAAAAACAAAAGGAAAAAGAAAAAUUGCGUGAUCGUGAUUCAGCAUGGAUGAAAAUCGAAUCAAAAGCUAGACAAAAUCCAAAUUAUAAAAAUUUUGCAUCGAAUCAACCUGAACUUUAUCGGCCGAAUGAUAAUGACGAUGAUGAUGGUGUAGCUACAAAUAUAACAGCUAAAGAAAUUGAACAAGAAGCGAAAGAAGCAAGUCGUACAAUGCAAAAAGGCAAACCAAUGAUAAGACGCAAGAGUGAACUGCCUCAUGAUUAUUCAACAUUAAAUGCAUUAGAAAAACAUAAACGACCGAAUGAUUUUCUAAGCUCUGCAACAGAAACAAAUCCGAAUGCUCAAACAAAACCGAUAUUGUGGUUUUUUCUUUGUCUUUUUGGUAAUAUUACGAUUUGUUUAUUUAUUAUGGUUGAUAUAGUGAUAACAACAGUGGGCAAUGAUAAUGACGAUUGGGAAGUUGCUGUUGAUACAGGAGAAUUUGAUAAAAGACUUGAACAACAAGAACAAGAUCGGGCUGCUAAGCAAGAAUCUAUACCGUCAUCUGUAUCGUCUACUGUUAAUAAUGAUGAGAAUGGAAAUUCUUCGAACAAUAAUUUGAUGAAAUCAAAUAAACCCAUUAGAAUUCUUAAACGACCAACAAGUCAAUCUCAAUUUCCUGUUACAAAUGACAUAAAUAAUUCUAAUACAACAACAAUAGUAUCGAAUAAUGCCACUAAUAAUAAUUCAUCUUUUUCUAAUAAUACUUCUUCAUCAACAACGGUGCCUACCAUAUCAAUCAUUCCAAGAAAUCAAACAAAAGAUUCACUGAAUUCUUCACAGACAAUAAAUUUAACUAGUUCUUCUUCGUCACAAUCAAAAAAGCCUCCGAUUAAAACUUAUGAACAACGAGAACAAGAGUAUCGACUAGCGCGAUUACGAAUAAUGGGUGAAGAAGAAAGUUCAGCUAAAGAUGAUGAGGAUGAUAAUAAUAAUAAUAAUAAUCCUAUUAUUGAAUCUGCUGUUGCAACAUCCGAUGAAAAAACUAAAACUGCAUCUCUGCCUACCACAACGCUUUCAUCCACAAGGACAUCCAAUAAAACUACUAGUUCGUCACAUGCAGCAUCUCAAAACCAUUCAACACCGAGUAGUUAUGCAUCAAAUUUAUACGCUUUAAACAAUGGAUCAUCGAAUACUGGGCCGGUUUUCUUUAAUCCGAAUUCUAAUAGUACAGGGCCUUUUUCUCAACAACAAUAUCGUAGUACUUAUGCAAACGUCUAUCCUCAAAUGCCAUUAGCACCUUCAGUACAUUAUCCAAAUGCGGCAUUUCAUAUGCCAUUGGCAGUAUCAUCAUCACCGAAUUAUCCGAUACAAUCAUCAAUGAAUACUUGGUAUUCUUUUCAGCAGCAGCAACAACAACAACAACAGCAACAAAAUCCUUAUGGAACUCAACAGUACGGUCACCCGCAAUAG